CCUUGAUUAGAAGUCAAAUGCCCUAGCCGAUUAGGCCACGAGGGCUCCUUGAAAAGUUAGUUUUUAAACCAUAUAUAUACAUCGAAUUUACUCUGUAAGUAUAUCUUGAAAUGUACAGUACGAAGUGCUUUCACAUUCUUAUAUACAAACUACAUGUUUUUGCACAUUUUCAAGUGUCCGCGCCUAAUUUUUGGUGCUAAACCAAAUUGUACUGCGUUCGACCCAUUUAAGUCGUUGUUUCGGAGGUACAAUUCAAGUAUUUUUGCAGAGCUUCCGUCUGUUCAACAUUUUCGGGUAAAUAAUGAGAUUGGGAGUAUUAAACUGUAUUUGAAAUCCGAAGAUCCCGGUAAAGAGGAAUCUUUAUUACGUUUUAAAGAUGUGAUGAAGAGUAUUGAUCCCAACAAACAUGCUCUUGUGCAGUUCGGUAAAUUGCAUAAUUUGCCCGUUUGUAAAAUUAUCAGUCUCCAGAAACUCCAUGACUUACGCGAGGCUAUUGGAAAACUCCCCUCAAUACCACAGAAAAGUUCCCGACAAAAACAUCUGCUUAUGCUCACCUGGUCUAUUCAGCCGAAUGAUAUGAAAACAAAAGUUAAACAACUCAACAAGCUACUUCGGAGGAGUGAAAUUGCUAGUGUUGUAUUUAGUCAACGAAAAGGCACACAGUCUUUAUCGGAGGAAGCUAAAAAAAACGUCCUCGAAAUGUUUCGCAAUUUGGCCAGUGCGUUUGCCGAAGAAUAUAAACAGCCUAGUAUCUCAAACACCAUUGUUCUUCAUUAUAAACUGAGGCCUGCUAAAAAAUAGCUGUAUCUAAAUUUACUCUUGAUCAUGAAUUUCCACGUAUAUAUCGCGGUUUGAUGGUAACUGUAUGAGUGAACUGAAUUAUUAGAUAUAAUAAGCUACGUGAUUUAGUUGAUGAAGAAUGUCACUUUGAACACGAGGUGCUAUAAGGUCUUUAUUACACUAAGUAUCGGUGAAUUUUGUUUUUGUUUUCUUAGACUCUAUGCUCUUAAGCAGCAAAAUAGUUAAGUGUUUAUUAAUUUAACUCAAGUAUAUAAUAUAAACUUGAUUUAAUCGAGACCCUA